AGGAUUUGCAGAUGCGUCCCCAAAAGGCUAAGCCAUAAAAAAUAAUGUUAACAAGAAGAAAAGGCUUUGGCUUUGGCUUUGUCUAAAAAGCACGUGUUUUUGGUUUGGGCAUUUCAAUUUUCAACCUGAUUUCAGCAUCGGCCAAGAUUCGAUCCGAGUAAUAUUCUUGUUCAAAUACAAUCAAAGAACCCACAUCUCCAGCUUCUCUCUCUCUCUCUCUUGUUUUAAGAGUUGACCCGUUCUGUGGUUUGGGACUGAUGAGGAGCUCCGGAAUAGUAGCUUAGCUCGGAUUUUGUGAGGCCCCCAAUUCUUCUUCAAUCUGUUUGAAAAGAUUCUUCUCUGAGAACUAUGAGUACGGGAAUAAAGAAAUCCCCUUCAAAUGGCUCGGAGAAGAUUUUAUCAUUUGAAGAGCAGCAGGCAAAGAUUAACGAAGUGAAGAGGUUGAUAGGAACAUUGCCUGAUAAGUUGUCCAUUUAUUGUUCUGAUGGAUCCAUCUCAAGGCAUCUAAGGGCAAGAAACUGGAAUGUCAAGAAAGCUACGAAAAUGUUAAAAGAUACCUUGAAAUGGAGGGCAGAAUACAAACCAGAGGAGAUACAUUGGGAAGAGGUAGCUCGUGAAGCAGAAACAGGGAAAAUUUACAGAUCAAAUUAUUUUGACAAGCAUGGGAGACCAGUUCUUGUCAUGAGACCUAGUUGUCAGAACUCAAAGUCGACUAAAGGACAGAUUAGAUACUUGGUAUACUGCAUGGAGAAUGCUAUUUUAAAUCUACCUCCAGAUCAGGAACAAAUGGUUUGGAUGAUAGAUUUUCAAGGUUUCAAUUUGUCACAUAUUUCAGUGAAGUUGACACGGGAAACUGCCCAUGUUUUACAAGACCAUUAUCCAGAACGCCUAGGUCUUGCAAUACUGUACAAUCCACCAAAGUUUUUUGAACCAUUCUUUACGAUGGUAAAGCCUUUUCUAGAGCCAAAGACUUACAACAAAGUCAAGUUUGUUUACUCAGAUGAUGUCAACGCCAAGAAGAUAAUGGAGGAUCUAUUUGAUAUUGAUAAACUGGAGGCUGCAUUUGGGGGGAAUGAUACAUCAGGUUUUGAUAUAAAUAAAUAUGCUGAGAGGAUGAAAGAGGAUGACAAGAAGAUGCCUGCAAUUUGGAAAAGAGGAAAUCCUGCUUUGGCAGCCUCAGAACCUGCCCCUACUAGUGCUGCUCUUACAUUGGAUUCUAUCAAGUUAGAUUCAGAUUCUGAUGCAUCUGAUAAUGGAAAAACAGACAGUUCCUCGUCCCAUGGGAUAGAACCAGAAGUUGUCUCAGACCAUGACGAACUGGUGGCUGCCGGUACCAGAAACGCUACCGAAGAUGUACAUUGAGUAAAAUAUUGGCUCAAGGUAUAUGGUGACUUAACUGAACUGCUGUAUCUUGCUGACCCUUUUUGGCUGUCUGGUUAGAUACUAAAAAUUUAGAGGGAUUCUAUGAACUCGAGUUAUCAAUUUAUUUGAGCAUUUUGGAGACCCGAUGAAUGUAUUCGCCUUGUGUAAGGUAAUCAGAACUCAUGUAGUCCACAAUUCACAUAAGAGAUAUAGUGUCUGUCUCCGUUCUUUGUGCC